AUGGGCAAGAUCGCUGCUUUGUCAGCGGGAGCACCACAAGAACUCUUCAGCCAGUACUUAAACAAAGGACAAGGUGCACACAAGGCACUUACCUGUACCGUCCUCGUCGUCGCUUCCCACGGAGGCUGGAUAAUAGCUACUAGACUUGGAAAGGCGGGGCGCGGGGCGCGGGGCUGCGUGGUCCGAGGGGUGUGUGGCGGGUCCGAGACUCUUCCCUAUUUCCCCUGUGUCGGCGGCAGCCCCCUUCGUCCAACCGCGCGGCCAGGGAUGCCGGAAGCGGAGCGAAGAGAGGUGGACGCGACGCUGAGGGGCCUGGGCCCCAAGUAUCAGAGGCAGCUGAGCGUGAGCACCUCGAACGCGUUGGAGAGCUUCGCCAUCCUGGAGGUGAGUGGUGAGACGAUGGGCGCCGAGGAGAGCGGCUGCCCAUUCUCCGCGCACAAGGGCAAUUAG